UAAUUUAAAUUGUAUCGAGUAUUAAGUGAAAACAAUAUACAAAAAAAAUGCCAAAACGCUAUUUUAAAAAUGUACUUUCUGACAAUGGAGACAUUCUUUCAAACUGUUCUGAUGCAUUUUGGAAAGGUAAAAUAAACUACUUGGUAGAAUCCAUUAGUAUCAAUGCUUCAUCAUCUGAUGAACAAAUAUUGUACAUAGGAACUAGUGGUAUUGCAUAUAUGUUUUACCACUUAGCUACAUCUGACAAAUUUAAAAAUGAAUCAGAAAUAUUUUUAAAUAAAGCAAUUACAGUCUUGCAAUUAAAAGGAGACAUAUUUUAUCCAAAGAGUAAUGGUAAAUUUCUUUGUGGAGAUGCUGGAAUAAAUGCUGUAAAUGCUUCAAUCUAUCAUUUGAUAGGUGAUAGUAAAAUGGCUGAAAUGUAUUUAACACAUUUUAAAAAAGGUGUAGCUGAUUAUAGGCUAACUAAUUUAACGGAAAAAGACGAAUUAUUUGUUGGUCGUGCUGGUUAUCUCUACGGAGUUUUAUGGUUAGAAAAAGUUUUUGGAAAAAAAAUUGUGGCUGAUCAGGAUAUUUUUGAACUUUGUUCAGCGAUCGUGGAAUCAGGUCGCAAAUAUUCUGUAAGAAAUAAAAGUAUAUUUCCCCUAAUGUACUCAUAUUAUGGCAAGGAAUAUUUAGGUGCUGCACAUGGUUUAAGUACAAUUAUUCAAGUAUUGCUUUCAUUUCCACAAUUUAUUGAAAAAGAACCACAAACUAAACAAGAUAUUAAAAAUUGCAUAGAUAUAAUGAAAUCAUUGCAAACAUCUAAUGGUAAUUUUCCUACUAAAAUGCCAAUUUUAGAAUCAAAACAAAGAUCAGAAGAAGAUGAAUUAGUUCAUUGGUGUCAUGGUGCACCAGGUGUGAUAUAUUUAUUUGCAAAGGCAUAUUUGGUUUUUAAAGAUCCUUCUUACUUGGAAUGUUGUUUGAAAUGUGGUGAUUUAGUGUGGACAAAAGGUCUAUUAAAAAAGGGUCCUGGCAUUUGCCAUGGAAUAGCUGGAAAUGGAUAUGUUUUUUUAUUGUUAUACAGGUUGACUGGUGAUAAAAAACAUUUAAAUAGAGCUUUAAAAUUUGGAGAAUUUAUAUUCACUGAUGAAUGUAUUCAAAGAUCUAGGAAACCAGAUCAUUUGUAUAGUUUAUACGAAGGAUUAGCUGGUACCGUAUGUUAUUUAACUGAUUUGAUACAACCAGAAAAAGCUAGUUUUCCAUUUUUAGAUGUAUUUUAAAUUACACACAUAAGGUUAGAUUUACAGCAAAUUAGGACAAAUAUGUUAUGAAAUGUAUAACAUUUUAGUUUGAUAAAAAUAGUUAUAUGAUUUCUAAUGUAUCCAAACAUACUUUUUAAGUUCUAAAUAGUAACAAUUAUUAAUUUUUUUUUUUUAACAGCGCACAACUUUUUGUAGGAAUUAUUAUA